AUGAAUCAUAAUAAUUAUUCUAUGGUGCCAAAUUUUUCUGCUAGAUGUAUAAAAUUUCCAUCAGCCAUAAAAUCACUUAAGUUUUCCCAUGAAGGUGACCAAUUAGCUAUCGGAGAACAAAAUGGUAACGUAAAUAUUAUCACAUGUGAUAGUUUAAAUUCCCUACAAGAGAGAAUUAUUGUUGAUUCAUCUCUGACACCGACUACUACUUUUAAAGCACAUGAUCAAGAAAUUGACUAUCUCACGUCAAUUGAAAUUACACCAGGUGUUGAAAAUAUUGAAUGGUUAAGAAGGUGUAAUGAAUCAAGACUUUUUCUUACUUCUAAUAAAAAAGCUGUUAAAUUAUGGAGAGUAAAAGAAUCCAAUAAAUGUAUUGCUUCAGGAAAAUAUAACCUUUGUCGUGACACAAAAUCACAAUUAUUUAAAGAUAAAUUAAAUUUACCAAAGAUAGUGACAUCAAUGCCUCUUAAUCGUAUUUAUAAAAAGAAAAAUUAUAAGCGCCUUCAACAUUAUGGUAUAAAUUCUAUAUCAGUAAAUACAGAUCAAAAAACAUUUCUGGUCAGUGACGAUUUGAGGAUUAAUUUGUGGGAUUUUGAAAUUGAAGAUGAUUGUCUUAACCUGGUUGAUUAUAAACCCAAAUUAAAAAUGAAUAAUGACUUUUCUUGUCUGAUAUGCAUGAAAUCACACACAACAAAAAGUUUUGUUUUCGGGUAUGCUCUUAGUAAUGGUGAAAUAAGAUUGGCUGAUAUGAGAGACAGAAGAAAUUGUGAUAUAUCAGCAAAAGUUUUCUCUAAAAUUCAACCGGAUACAUUAUAUAGGCAAAGUAUAGCUAGCCAUUUUGACUGGGCAUGUGGUAUUAGUUUUUCAAACAAUGGAAGAUAUCUUUUAUCAAGAGACAUUCAUACGUUAAAAGUGUGGGAUAUUUGUAAUGAAAGAGAACCAUUAGCUUUGUAUUAUGUUGAUGAGAAUUUAGCAACACUUUUACACCGAUUAAAAGAUGUAGAAUGUCUUGUAGAUCGACUUUCAUGUGCAUGGAGUGGCGAUGAUAGUCAUAUAAUAACGGGGUCAUUUGGAUCUUCUUUUAAAACAAUAAAUUGUAGUACUGGUGAGGAGAAUUUGAUAAAAGCUGAUUGUAAUACGGGAAGUGGAAUUGUGGAUUAUUUCAGUGAAAGAAGGGAGUUUGGUGGAGAACAAGAUCUGCAGUGUAUGGAAUGGGUAUGUGCCGAAAAUGACUUAGAAUGUUACAAAGUUGGAGCGAUUGAUUGUAAUAAAAAAAGAGAUAUUAUUGCUACUGCAGCCAAGGAAAAUCUAAUAUUUUACACAAAUGAAUGUAAUAAUGAUAUGGAUUACUCAUAUACAACAGCAUUUGGUUCUGAGGUUGAAAUAGUUGAAAAAUUUUCCGAACAAAUAAAUGAAGAAAGUAAUAUAGAUAAUAUAGACUCACUGAUUUCUGUUUUAAACAGCUCCAAUAUAAGCAUACGUGAUUCAAUAAGUACUUUAUAA